AUGGUGCAAGCAUCCACUGAGCAUUCAGAGAUAGGACCGCCUACCGUUUCACCAAUUCCUCUGGAAGAACUGGAGACCGCGGAAGGAGAGGAUGUAGAGCCACUGGACCUGAGUCUCUCCUCUGCCUCCACAACAACCGCAAGAUUGGAGGAGAGCGUCAAGAGCUCCUUCUCCUCCCCCGUAUGUGGCACAGAGGAGACGCGUAUUCCCCUGACCUCACCGGAGAUCCCGUUUCAAUUAAAUGCAUCAUCCUCUGCAACCCUGCUGCAGCUCUACCAAAUCCUAACUUGUAUUCGCCUGUGGAGAUCCGCUGCCAUGGAACAAUCAUUCAAAAGUGAUGUGGAAUUAAAUUCCCCAUUCCUUUCCAUCGCUUCUAUGCCUUCACUUCAUCUUGCUCCUACUCCUCUUCCUCCGCCUGUUCCUCCUCCUCCUCCCCCUCCUCCUCCUCCCUCCAUCUCGUCCAUGCAGACACGGGGCGGCGCCAACGUACACGCCCUAAUUGAUCCUGAGGAAUUGAGAAUUCCAACGUUCGGCAAACCGCUGCGCAGGCCAAUUAGAGCCCCAAUCACCAUGGCAAAGCCGCCACUGCGCAAGCGGAAUUUGCACGGGAGCUCCACACCGACUUAUCUCUGCUCCCACUGCGGACGAGGAUUUACAAAAGCCUACAAUCGCACAAUUCAUGAGAGAACGCACACCGACGAGAGGCCUUUUGAGUGCAAUGUUUGUGCGCGACGAUUUCGAAGGAAGGAUCACUUGAGAGAUCACAGGUUUGUAAGCAUUGAGUCUAACGUCGAGAGGCUUCAUAACUCCUUUAGGGCGGCUGAGCAAGUAAUAACAGGGAGUUUACUUUGUAGUUACACUCAUCUACUGAAAAAGCCCUUCGCCUGUACCUUCUGCAACCGUGGCUUCUGCCAGGCCCGUUCGUUGGAGAACCACAAGAAAACGAACCAUUCAGAGCAAUCAGCAAUGGAUGUAGUAUCAAUAAAUGAAAAAGAAGGAUGA